ACUGUAUUUCCACACUCGCAUUUCCCUUUUCUUUAUUAGCUUAUUUGUACAUGCAAUUUCCUAAUUUCUCUUUGCAUGAAAACUGUUAAAAGUACCCCUGUAUUUUUAAAAGUAAUUCAUUAGGAUUAUGAGUUUGCAGCAAUUGAGAUUAAUUGGUUGUUUGCAUCACUCUUACAGCUGCUUCAUCCUGCUUGCAGAUGCGGGCAGGGAAACGCGUGCCAGCAACGGCUGGUUUUUUUUCAAGGCUUGUUGGGUUUUUUUUCUUCCCCAGCCUUCAGAAGACUAGAGGUACCGUCUGCUUAAAAUAAAAACUUUGAUUCCUCAGUGUCUACAGCAGCCGUGAGACUCGAGGGAAAUAAUCCAGGGGAAUGAUCUGUCCGGGCGCCAAUGCCUGAGACUGCAGUGCUACAGAGCAGCUUUCUGCGAGCUCCCGGGACUGCCCAAGUAAAGCCAGAAAUCCUACAGUAACUCCUUCUUUCCUGUUUUAUUCCAGAUUUUUAAUUUUAGCCAGGCAGGAUGGUCUUAAAAACCCCUGGCUGCUCCCAGUGGGUUGUGUGCCAGGCUGGCAUCUGGACGAAUUAUUCUCCUCAAAUGUGGUCAUGCAAGGGAGGCAUUUCCCCCCUUGUGCUCCUGUAACGCCCAGGAAUGAUAAUGAAGGUGUGUGCAGCCAGUUGGAAGAGAAAAAAACCCCUCUCUGCGAGCAAGAAGAGGUUAAGAAGUCUGAGUUUAUGGAAAUAAUACGAAGUCAGGAGUGGAAGGCCUGGCAUAGCAUCUUUACUGUCCUGCAGUAAAUGAUACUGUGUUAAUGCAGUCCUGCCGUGAGGUGCGAUCGUAUUUUUGUCUCUUCCAUAACGCUUGCCCCAUCGAAUUUACCCUCCAGAGUGCACGUAAUGUCCUUGAAGCUCACAAAUUAAAUAAGUUGUUGUUCCAAGGCGCCAAACACAGCAGGCACGUAGAGGCGGCUUUACCUGGCACCCUGACGUGACACCGGGGUGUCAAUUUGGAACCUACGCAACCUCACUGCCCUAACCCGUGUUCAGUCGUGGUCCCACUGUAACGUGCUGGAGAAGGAGAAAUGACCACAGUUCACAGCAGGCUGUGACCCGCAGCGUCCCCUGUCCUCGCCCACACCUGGCAAAUGAACAGUUCAAUGAAACCAUUGCCACUUCCCAGUGACUCUUGCUUUUUAAGCCCUUGUUCUGCCCGUUUAGAUUCGUGCUGAGGCAGAGAAGUAUGGCACAGGUAUGUGUUAAUGACAUCAAAACACGUAAGCUGGUGCCGGGGCCUGGGAUAGAGCUUCUCAGUGGAUGAUUUGGGUUGCUCGGGGGAGGCAAAAACCUGAUUCUGAAGCUAACUGUGAAGACGAUACGCAGGCUGCACCAGAGAUGGGUCUGUCUGCCUUCCUCCUGGCUAAGGUCACCCUGGGCAGUUCAGCUCCAGGCACUUGGUUCCCAGGCAGUUCUUGGCACCGGCCGAAAGCUAGGUUGCCUUUGUUACCCUCAAAAGUGUCAGUGGUUCAAGCCCCAGGUACAUUCAAGACUGACAUUUCUGCACUGGCACGGUUCCUGGGGCCAAGGCUGAAGCCCAGGUGAGCUGGGACCAGGGCAUUCCCUCCUCGGGUUAUGGCCAUGAGACUUCAGAGACUAGGCAAACAUAGAGCUCUCAUUUCCCCUGACAUAUUUCCACCGAAAGAAUAAAUCAGGCUUCCUCCCAGGCUGAGCACCGCAAAGGAUGGAUGGAAGGACCAGCCCUUCCACCAUGGGAGUCGUCCAUCCUUAAGGCACCGUUCACAGCCACUGCCCUGCUGCCAGGCCUUGACACUGCUUCUCCAAAUCCUCAUUCCUAGCUCCUGGCUCUGGCUCCCCUCUGCUUUAUUGCUUUUGGCUCCAGCACAGACCUCAGUUAUUUGCAGGAUAGCACUCGCACCAACGCCUGUCCCCAAAUGCCUGCAGUCCUCUGGCUUCAACGGGACCCGGCUUUUGGUUAAUGCAAAAGCGUAUCCCAAGGUGUUACGAGGAAACAGCAUGAGGCUUCCUUUAUGCUUAAAGCUAAAUUAUACACCGUGAUCAUGCAUCUUGCUUAACGAGGGCAAGCACUGUGCCAUUAGCAUCCUGUCCAACUCCUGCAUCUCUUGUUAAAGGAGAAGGAUGAGGGAGACAGCAUCUGACUGGAGGUUGAACCGCAGUUGUUCUCUGCCCGGCACUUCAACUCUCUUUAGCAAAACAAAGAGGAAAUGGAGGGCAAUUUUACCUUGCUUUGCUUUCAGUCAAAACCCACUUCAUCUCCAGCUGCUCCGAUGCUCCGCUCGCUCUCAGCAGCACCUGAUCUCGGCAGCAUCUGCACAAGGGAUUUCCUGCCCCGACCUCAAACCGGCAGCUUCGCUCAGGUUCUUCAGGCUUCCUGUUUUUCUCGUAAAGCUUUCAUUUCACCAGCAAACUGUUUCCUGUUCUAAGGCUUCUUGCGACUGAAAUCCCACAAUUUAUCCUCAGCAAGACGUGGCUGGUAAAGAGGUGCUGCGGUGACCGCCAGCAUCGGUGGGAAGCACCCGCAGCUACCGCUUGCUGUCGUGUUCGGGUACCACCACGGCUUCUCUCUGGAGCUCACUGGAAAAAGAUGUGUUCAACCCGCAGAAAAAGAGGCUGCUGGAAACCGUUCGUGUCUGGAAGACAGGGAGGAAGAAGAAGAUGUCCGUUCUCUGUGUUGUGGUGGAUGCCUUUAGGCCAAUGCAGCCGUUUCUGGUGAAGGUCAAGGUGGACCGAGGAGAGCAGUACAAGAUAACCUACAGGUGGCCUUUAGCAGAGCUGAAGCUGGUAGAUGGCAAGACUCUCAAUCAGGCGAGCCUGGAUUUUGACCUGCAGUUCGAUAAGCUUUACAAGUGGACCGCUAGCAACUUUGAGGAGAAGAAAACCUUUAUCAGAUGCCUGUGGAAGCUGAACCACCGCUUCCUCGCCAGCUCUAUCACAUUUGUGAAUGUCCCCUCCUGCGCAGCCGAAGGGAAGCAAAGGGCCCGGGAAGACGAGAAGGACGUCGCGGAGGCUGAGAGCCGCGAGGAGCUCAGUGCCUACCAGGAGAUGACACCAAAGGAAGCUGCUGACGUGUUGAAGCUGAUGGAGGAGCACGAGCCCCUUGUGAACAACUCCGUGGCCUUCGCAGAGCAGCUGAGCAACGAUCUCCAUGUGCUGGACGAGGCCAACCUUAGAGCCAUUAUCUCUUCUGAGAAGCAGGUGAUGCAGCUGAUGAGCUCCAUUGACGAGGCCCUGGCAGAGGUGGCCAGAGUGGAGGAGACCUUGCAGAUCUACGAUGAAUUACUGGGAAGCGUGAAGCAGCAGAUGGAUCACAUCCACCAGGAAAACUCCUUGCUACAUCGCAUCGUUUCCAACAAGACAAGGCUGAUGGAUGAGAUCCUCUUCCUCACGACCCACCUCAACCUCAGCAGGGAACACUGCGAUGCCCUGAGCCGGGCAGAUCUUUCCAGCCCCGGCAGAGUGAAAGCCUGCAUUGCUGCAGCAGAGGCUUUAUCUGCCUGCAUGAACAUCCAGGUACAGCCCGGUUAUCGGAAACUGCAAUCUGUGGCUGAGCAGCUGAUCAUGUUUGAAACGCUCAAGCAGAACUUCGAAAGCUCUUUCAUCAGUCACAUUACGAGCAUCUUUGAGCUGCAGGGUAAUGCUCGGGUCCCUGAUUUUGGUCAGCCCGUUGACAAGCUCUCUGCACCGAGCCAUGGACUCCACCAUGAGGAACUGGUACCCUACACCCCGCUCAUGGCCUGGCUGAGGAACACCAACCCCGUUCUGUUCUGCGAUCUCCCCAAGGUCUAUGCCCAGAAGCUCAGUGGACUCUACGACCGGGAAAUCAAAGCCUUUUUUGAACAAGCCAAAACCUCCUUGUUAGGAAGAAGAAAAGGAAGUCUUCAGGAAAGCUUAGAGAAGCCAAUGGUGGUGGGGAGCAGGCAGCAGCCUCGCUGGAGUCUCCCUGGGAGCAGAGAAGGCCAGGAGGACACACCGGACCAAGGCAACGUCAUCAAGAUGUUGGAGCAGGUGCUGAGAGAGCUGCAACCCCUCUGCACCGCGGAGCAGCAGUUCAUCGAGAAAUUCUUCCAGCUGAGCCUCGACGCCGCGGAUCUGCAGGCAUCUGCCACUAAGGGAGGAGAAAGCACAACAUCUCCCGAGGACCCUCCUUGCACCAAGCCUCGGAGCCAACUAGAAGAACCUACGAGCCGGUUGCUGAGUGAGAUCUUCAGCUGCCUGGAACCAGAGCUGAGAGGAUUUCUAGAUGUCUGCAAUAAGGUCCAUCCAUUCGGCUGCUUGCAGGUCCUGGUUACCUUGAAUGAUUCCGUCUUUGAGAUGUGGGGCUCCUCCUCAGCUCUCCCCUCACCCUUCCUCAACACCGUCCUGGGCAACGUGCUGCUCCUGGCCAAGAGCAGCUUCAACAAAUGCAUUGGGAUCUUGUGCAAAGAGAUCGAGGAGGCAAAGAUGCCCAGCAAGAUGAAAGGCGGGAUCCUGCCCUCCGUCAGCCGCUUUGAGGAGUUUGUGAAGUUCUCAGAGGCGGCGUUCAGGACCGCUCGGCGGAGGGGGGAGCUGGACAAAGCACAUCUCAGGCUGGCCGGCAGUGUCUUCAGCAGCAUCAAUAGCCUGUCCUCAGCAAACCUGAAGGUGAACACAGAUAUGGUCAUGAUGGAAAAUUUCCACCACAUUCACUGCUUCCUGUGCCAAAAAAAGAUCCACUGCCUGGAGGGCAAGAAGAGAGAAGCCAAGCAAAGGUAUAGUGAGCACAUGGAGAAAUAUGUCAUCAAGUACCUGGGCCAGCCACUGGAGAAGCUCAAUCACUUCUUUGAAGGGGUGAAAGCCCGCGUGGCUCAAGGGGUAAAAGAAGAAGAGGUCAGCUUUCAGCUGGCCUACAGCAAGCAGGAGCUGAGGAAGGUCAUUGACAAAUACCCUGGCAAGGAAGUAAAAAGAGCCCUUGAGACCCUCUACAGGAAAAUCCACAAGUAUCUCUCCCCAGAAGAAAAUCUUUUGCCGGUGGUGUGGCACGCUAUGGAGCAGGAGUUCCUACGUCAGUACCAAGAGUUUGAGGAUCUGAUCCAACGCUGUUAUGCGGGCUCAGGGAUUGCUAUGGACUUCACCAUGGAGGACUUGCUGAGCUAUUUCAACUCCAUCACUCUGUCCAACACGUAGAGGCAGCCCCCUCUGGAUGUCUGCUGGGAGCAGCUCAGGAACCCUUGUCUGCAGCUACACUUUUAAGCAGCUAAACUCAAAAUCCUUCUCAAGCUGAAGUUUGGUAUAUGGGGUUCCCAGCCUGAAUUUAGUGCCAAAGUGCCUCUGACUUGUCAGUCUUAGGCUAGAUCUCCCUUGGGGAAGUUGAGUUCUCAGACCCAAAGCACUUCCCUGCUCCAAGAAACCACUAUAGAGCUACUAAAAAACCCUUCCCAAACCUCAAAUUUCUGCCGCAGCGAGUACCAGUGCUGUACCUUUUCAGCAGACCACUUCCUGGAGAGAAGAUUCCUUUUGCAGUUCAGGAACUCUCUCCUUUUCAUCUAUUCUCAGAUUUCACAGUGAACCUGUGCCAAAACAAGAGGGUUACAACACAGAGACACCCAGAUGCAUGUAGCGCUACUAUAUCCACAUAGCAGAACAUGCACCAUUGCUCAUUGUGUCAGUAAACACCAAUGAAAGUUCAGAGUUAUUAAUAUAAAAAGCUUCAUUGCUUUUAGCUAAGAAAAAAUUUGCUUGCAUGUAAACUGGAGGGCAGUAAAUGCUACAGUCCUAGAGAGCCAAACCGGUCUUUCAGAGAGCUGACCGCUCUUAGCCCAUUUUCUUAUGAAAUACCUUAUAGCAACAUCACAACUCACCAAUAUAUUUUUGUUGUUAAAAAUAUGGCCUCUGCAUCUUGUGAUGAUAAUCAUGGGGCUAAUAUGCUGUCCGUUAUAGCCUUCCCUAAAAGCUGAAGAUCCUGAACUCCACUCUGGUACAAAAUAACAAUCAGGUCCAUAGCGAUGACACCAGGAAAUCAGUCUACAAGCUGAAGUCCAGACCAGUAGGGUCAUUGGCCAGGUAGAGGCACACCUAAGGAUAAGCUGAAAACCAGCAACCUACAUCAAAACUCAGGCACAGAGUAAAGACCCUGAGAAGAGCUUAAAUAGGAUCCAGGGCCCAUGGAUGUGGGUGGAAGCCCUCAGGUGAGGCUGAUCAGGGCUAUUAAGGCCAAUUAGUGCCCUCAAAGCCCUCUCAGGUGUUAGUGGUCCUGUUACUAGCACCUGUGGGAACAACUUUGGGAGCUUUAGUAAAGAAGACGUUAGGAUUUUUCCCGAGAAAAAUGAGGUUUGGGAGGUCUACUUACUGCUUGACCGUUUGACCUCCUGCUUGCCGGCCUCACUGUGUAGCUGGUGAACCUCUUGAUCUGGAGAGGUUGGGACAGCAAAAAUCGCCAAGAGAGUCAGCUCCAGCGUGUCUUGUGAAAAUGGGGGGGCUGCCAGGGGCAGGAGGUGUCGGCAGCCUCCUUCAAGCAAGGCUGCAGCGCGAGCCGAGCAGCUCUCUGUCCUGCUUGCCCUGCUCCGGGCCAGCUGGCCCAAGGCUACCGAGAGCCCACAGCAGUGGGCUGCCACCCGUGUUUCAAAAAUAAAUGUGGUCUGUUUCCCGUAA